AUGGAGCCCCCGAACAAGCGACAGAAGAAGGUGUUGUUCGCCGACAGCGGUUCAGAGGACGAGGAUGCUGGCGGAGUCGCAAUUGGAAAUGACUUCCAGCUCAAUGUCAACAAGGAGUAUGCGAGGAGGUUCGAAUAUAAUAAGAGGAGAGAGGAGAUGGUACAGCUUGAAAACAAGCUGGGUAAACGACCACUCGCAAAUGGCAAGCCAUCCGCAGCUGAUGACGACGAUGAAGAGUCCGACUCUGAAGAUUCCGAGGACGAAGACGAUGCCGCAGAACUUGUGACGGAGGCUUUGGACAAUGAAAUUCAGGCUACACUACAAGCCAUCCGAUCGAAAGAUCCACGAGUGUAUGAUCCGAAUGCGAAGUUUUAUACUGCCCUAGACAAUAUAGGGGAUGCAGAGGAUGCCAAGCCAGAGACGUCGAAGGCGGAGAAGCCAAUGUUCCUUAAGGACUAUCAUCGUCAGAAUCUACUGAGCGGCCAGGGAGCGGUGGAUGAAGAUGACGAGAAUGCGCCAAAAACCUAUGCGCAAGAACAGGAAGACUUGAAACGGUCGAUUGUCAAGGAGAUGCAUUCUACAAGGGAUGAUGGAGAGCAAGACGACGAGGAAGAAGAAGACGAAGGGUUCCUGGUCCGCAAGGAAAAGGCACCAGCAACGGCAAAGUCAGACAGGCCCAAGAUAACCGAGAAGGAUGUUGCGGCAGCUGACCAAGACCCCGAAACAUUUCUAUCCAACUUUAUGGCCUCUCGCGCGUGGGUACCCACUCCAAAAUCCAACUUCCAACCACUGGAAUCGGAUGACGACGAGGAAGAUAAGAAAGCAGAACAGUUUGAAGAAGCGUAUAACCUACGCUUCGAGGAUCCUAAUAAGCUCAACGAAGUGAUACUCACCCAUGCUCGUGACACUACGUCCAAGUAUUCCGUCAGGAGAGAAGAAGUCAGUGGCCGAAAGAGGCAAAGGGAGCUAGAGCGACAGAGAAAGGAAGCAGAAAAGCAACAGCGUGAAGAAGAGCGUGCUAGACUUCGAAAACUGAAGAUCGAAGAGCUUGAGGCUAAAGUUGCGAAGAUCAAGAAGGCUGCCGGUAUCAAGAGUACUGAUUUUGCAGACGAGGAUUGGAGUAGGUUCCUUGAUGAAGGAUGGGACGACGACAAGUGGGAGAGAGAGAUGAAGCAGCGGUUCGGAGAGGAUUACUAUGCUGCUAAGGAGGAAGGUGACGAGAGCGAUGAAGCGGAAGGCAGCUCGUCUAAAAAGCGCAAGCUAAAGAAACCAAAAUGGGAUGAUGAUAUUGAUAUCGGCGACCUUAUUCCAGACUUUGACGAAGAGGCGGACUUGAACAUGGAUCUUGACGGUGUUGAAGGUGAAGAAGACGAGGAUGAAGACGACCACAGCGGAUCCAAGAAAUCCAAGAAGCAGAUGCUCAAAGAUAAAAAGGAGAAGCAAAAGGAUGCUAAACGAGAACGUCGAAAGAUCGAGCAGCUCGCCGACAAGUCACUUGAGCUCGAGCCUUCGCUGCUACCGGGUUCCUCGAGGAAGUUUGGAGGCACAUUCCGUUACCGUGAAUCGUCCCCCGUCUCCUUUGGACUUACUGCUCAAGACAUCCUCAUGGCCGAUGACUCUCAGCUGAACCAGUAUGCUGGCCUGAAGAAACUGGCAUCCUUCCGUGACGCCGAGAAGAAGAAGCGCGACCACAAACGACUGGGGAAGAAGGCCAGGCUGAGAGAAUGGCGCAAGGAGACCUUUGGACAAGAACAGCCGCCGUCCCUAACAGCAGAGCCUGCCGCUGCACAAGAGGCAGAAGAGACCAAGGUAGAUAUCAGAGAAGGCAGCGGCAAGCGACGCAAGCGGAAGAAGCAUUGA